AUGCUGAAAAAUUCUUUGAUAAGAUCGUCACUUAUCAUACACAAACCCCAUUUCAUUCAACCAUUGAUCGUACAACCUUGCCGUAAAUCGUCGCCAUUUUCAAUUCGUCCAGCUCAUUCUCGUACGUUUUCAAUUUUUAAUUUACUUAGGACAAUAGUUGGCCCACUAUCUUUUGUCUCUCGUUCCCUUUCACAACCACAAAAGGCAACGCAAGAAUUGGAAUCUCAAGCAUUAGCCACUUAUGAAAAAAUCAAAUUACCAAUAACUCAUACAUUUAAUAGAAUUCCUGGAUUUUUGGGUAGAGAGCAUGAGAUACGUAUAUUGAAUGAUUUAUUAAGUGGAGAUCCAAAGUUUUUGAUCGUGAAUGGUUCUACAAGGUUGUGUGGGAAAAACCUCUCUGCUACGAGAGGUCCUAUCCGACGAUCGAUAUCAUGUGACUUACAUCGAUUUGCGAAUCCCAGGUCUCGAUUCGCGGAUCUUAUUUCAUUUAUAUCGGAAUUCGCGUCACGUUUAGAAAUAUUUUUUACGAGAAUUGCUUCAUUUUACCCUAAUCUUAAGGUAUUUGAAGAUGAAGCAAUCGCCCUUAGAAGUUUACGAUUGAGUGGACCUGAAAGUUAUGAAAAGAAACAACUAUUACAAAAUGUGCAACAAUCAGAAGGUGAUGAUGAGACGGAUGCUUAUUCUGUCGCAAAAAGUCAGAAUCGAAGUGAUCUCGCCAAAUUAUUGGAGAAAUUUCAAGCUGGGUUAUUGAUGUAUCAUGGAGUUGAUCUCAAUGAAAAGGGGGAAGAAAAGAAAGAGGAUGAUGAAAAAGACAGAUACCGGAUACACGAACAUGAUAAGGACACGAGAAAAAAGAAAAUUCCUAUCAUAGUUUUCGAUGAAGCUCAUAAAUUGAGAUAUCUUUUGAAUGAUAACGAAGCUCUACAGAUACUUCUGGAUGCAUUGGUAGUCUUCACAGUACAAGAUAGCUUGUGCCACAUCAUUCACGUUACUUCGGAUGCAUUUUACGGAAGAUUAUUGGCACAAAAGCUUCAUACGAAAUCUUUAAUCAUUGGUGAUUUAUCCCGAUCAGAAGUCAACAAGUAUUUUCACAAGACUCUAGUACCGACCGUCCCACAAGAAAUACGCGAAGGGAUUUUCAAAAUGGAAGAUGAUCUUCACAAAGUUCUUGGUGGAAGAAUUUUAUACUGGAAAUCAUUUGUACAAGAUUACAUUCUUUCGAAUGGCAGGUUAACAAUUGAAACAUUUGAACCAUUCAUUCGGGCGCAGCAUCAACUUAUUUUACUUUCAAAAGAUUUACCGAUGGAUGAUGAAAUUCCCGGUGAUCCGAUCAAACGCAUAAGUCGUUAUAUUAUUGCCAGUCCAAUGAAUAAGGUUUCCUAUCAUCGUUUGUGUAAGGAAUUCACGCCACCUGUUAUAGAUGAGUUAAUUAACGAUGGAAUUUUGGAGUAUAGAUUGAUUGAUGAAAUUGAUGAUGGGAAUGAUGAUGCAUUAUCGAUCGAAAAACCUUUUGUUGUUCCUUCAAGUCAUCUAAUAAAACAUGCUAUGGAAAUUUUAUUAGGAGAGAAAUCACAGAUCGAAAAAGAUGUUUAA